AUAGAAAAUCGACUUCUUUUAUCCUUUAUCAAAUUAAAGAAUAUUUAAAAAAUAGAAACCAAUUCAAUUCCCGAGAUUCGCCACCGCGAGGAACGAAUUACUCAAAAGGAAGACGGCCGGUGGUCUCGAAAGGCUGUUGAUACGAUUUACCGCGAAGCACGUUACGUAGAAAUCCCCUCCGAUUAAGGCUUCUGCGUAUCUCCGAAUUAACCCGAGCUGGUUUCUGGACGACAAAUCGAUCUCGUUGGUGAUUAGUAUUUUUUGUUGUGCCGGUUGCAGUUUGUCGGCCGGUAAUUGCGUCGGUUUGAGAAUUCCAGGCUUGAAGCUUGUUGUGUCGUCCGGGAGCAUCUAUAAUGCAGGCCUCAAGAGCAAGGUUGUUCAAGGAGUACAAAGAGGUUCAAAGAGAAAAGGUAGCAGAUCCAGAUAUUCAAUUGGUUUGUGACGAUUCAAAUAUUUUUAAAUGGACUGCCCUAAUCAAGGGACCAUCAGAGACUCCUUUUGAAGGUGGCGUCUUCCAGCUUGCCUUUUCUGUACCUGAGCAAUAUCCAUUGCAACCUCCUCAAGUGCGGUUCUUGACAAAAAUCUUCCAUCCAAAUGUUCAUUUUAAGACGGGUGAGAUCUGCCUCGAUAUUUUGAAGAAUGCAUGGAGCCCAGCGUGGACUCUGCAAUCUGUUUGUAGGGCUAUAAUUGCAUUGAUGGCUCAUCCAGAACCCGAUAGCCCGCUGAACUGUGAUUCUGGCAAUCUUCUUCGGUCGGGUGAUAUCCGAGGAUACCAAUCCAUGGCGAGGAUGUACACAAGGCUUGCUGCCAUGCCCAAAAAGGGCUGAUUUUCCAUUGCCAACCAUUUGAAUUUGAUGUUGCUGCUAAUCACCAAGCGUACUGCAAAUUAUGUUAUCAGUCACCACCUACAAAUUUGAUAAUUCAGACAACAUAUGUAAAGUAAGUCACAUUCCAUCUUCUGUAUGUUCUCACUUCUCACUUCCUUUUUUAUUCUCUAGAUGGAUUGCUCUGUAUCGGUCCAGAUGUGCUUGUUCUUACCUCAACUUUUAUUGUGUUGAUAAUUCUGGCUUCAAUAUUAAGAAUUUGGCCCCUUUAUUGAUAA